UAAUAAUAACAAGUUUACAACAAUAGUAAAUAAUAAUACUGAAAAUGUCCACUCAAAUGGCAGGUCAAAAAGACUUGAACUUUCACUUUGCAUCCAUUGUGAAUGUUUCAGGGUCUCUCACAGUAAAGCUUACAGGCAGAAGCAACUAUCAUCAAUAUCGUUUAUGGAAGAAACAGAUGACUUGUCUGAUGGGGGUUCACAAAAUGAGGGGCAUUGUGGACCCUACUUUGAUGGCCCGGUUACAUCAAGUCCAGAUAUUCGAAAGAGAUACGAAUUGCUGGCAAAAAGUUGGAUGCUUGCGACCAUUGGUGACGAUGUUUUUUAUGCUGUCCGCUCCGAUGAUGAUGCAUAGGCCAAAUGUGUUUGGGACAAACUACUAUCCAUUUUUUAUCCAACAAGGUCGGCCUGAUUCACUUGAUUAGCAGAAGCCCAUGAUUGCUGAAGUGCUUAUAUUAUUUUUGCAUUUUCGUAUCUGUCGAAACGUUCCUAUCUAGUUUAUAAGCUUUCCUAUUAUUUAGCUUAGUUUACGGUAUUCUAGUUGUAUUGGACAUGAAGCAAGGUAGUAAGAAUUUGAAAUCAACUUAUUUUCUAUUUGUAUU